AUGUUUUCUGUUAGGAUUGUAGAUGGAUUUUACGUGGGAAAACCUAUAGAUGGCUUAGAUAUUUUGUUUUCUAAAUUUCGCGAGGCGAAUGUUAACCGUGUUCCAGUUUUGAGGAUAUUUGGCUCAACUCCUGGUGGACAGAAAACUUGUGUUCAUAUUCAUCAAGUAUUUCCUUACUUAUACAUACCUUACGAUGGAACUAAACCCACAGAUAAAUAUCUGAAACAAUUUACGACAAGUGUAGACUUUGCUGUUCAAGUUGCGUUUGGUAGAACAUCAUCUUCUAUGAAAUAUGUUCAUAAAACUGAAAUUGUUAAAAAAAUACCAUUUUAUGGUUAUCAUGAGAACGAAGAAGAGUUUAUUAAGAUGGAGUUGUACAAUCCAAGAAUAAUUCCCAAACUUGUUGAUCUUCUUCAGAAUGGAGCUAUAUUGAACAAGUCAUUUCAACCACACGAAGCUCAUGUUCCUUAUAUUCUACAGUUUCUAAUUGAUUACAAUCUUUAUGGUAUGAACUUACUUCAUGUAAGAAAAGUUCAUUUUAGAGGAAUUUCUUCAAAAACAGAUAAAAAUCUUUCAUAUAAUAAUAAAUCAAUUCCACUUCAUGGUUCAUCUCCAAAUUCAUUUCUCAAUUUUCCUUCAUCUCAACACUGGAAUGAAGACACUAUUCCUAGAAAUUUAUGCCUGGAUCCUACUGUGAAAAAAGUCAGUCGUUGUGAACUUGAAGUUGAUGUAAUUGCUGAAGACGUCUUGAAUCAAAUAAAUGUUGAAAGCUGUAUUGGUCAUAAUCCUGGUAUAACUGCUAUGUGGGAAGAUGAAAGACAACGAAGACGAGAUAUUGGACUAUCUUCACAAGUUGCUCUUCCUGUUUCACAAGAAGGUAGUGAUGAUGAACAUGAUGAAGAUAUUGAUGAAGAUAAAGAAUCAAUAUUAAUGUCACAGCCAUUUUGGAAAGAUGAUGAAGAGGAACAUGAUUCCCAAAGUUCGGAGGAUGAAGAGGAAAUGGACUGGAAACCACCUUUGCCUAUGCCUCAAGUGGAUGGUCCUGGUGAUGAUGAGGACUCUGCAGGACAUGGUAGCACGUGUACAACUGUAUCACGUGGUUUUAAGGAUAAAAAUUGGAAAAUAAAAAUCGAGUAUGACGACGACAAUGAUUUUCAAAGUAAAGAAAAAUCAAAAAGUAAAAAUUUAAAGAAAUGUAAACGAGGUGGAAGAAAAAGAAAAAUUGCUCAACUUAAUGUGUUUGGUGGCUGUCAUAAAACUCAAAAUGACGUUGAUACAUCAACACACAUUUCUUCUCGGCAAAUGAUGACGAAUGCCAAUGAACGUCGAGAAACGAUGACACCAACAAGUCCAUUUCGAGGAAGUAAGAACAAUGUUAAUGAAGAAUUCCCUGAUUUCCAUUCAUUUUAUCCAUCAAAUAAACGAGGGCGAUCUGGGAAGAGUAAUUCUAUGGGUUCUAAAACAAAUACAAUGAAAAACGUGAAGAUGAUGGAUAAAGAAACUGUUUCUAAUGAUUUAAAAAAAACAUCAAAAGCAAAGAACAAGAUGUCUGGAUUAAAGAAAGGAAAUGAGAUAUCCCGUAAUCUUGGCGUUUCUAAAAAUGUCAGAGAACUUUUACGUUGUACAGAGAACGAUUCUAGUGGAUCUCAAACGUCAGAUUUUGAACUUUGGUUAAGCGAAAGUUCUUGUGAUGAUCACGAUGAUGAUGAUUUUAAAGCAACUUUCAUCAAAAAUUUUCAUCAAAAUAAAGUAUUUCAAGGCUCGUUUGGCAUAAAUGAGGCGAAUGAAUGUGGGAAAAAUAAUUUGAAGACGAGAACCAAACUUAUGUCGAAAAAAUCAAAUGUUUGCUCAAAUGAAUGUAUGGAAACUAGUUCUGUGUCUUGUAAGAAAAAUCUCUCUGACUUAUUUGAUCCUGACAGUCAUGGCCCGAGCACAACUUCAACUUUAGGACAAGAAUCUUGUUUAUAUGGAAAUAGUUUUACAAAUAUUUUGAAAGGAACAAGAAAAUCAGAAAAGUCUCCCUGUUUACAGUUUACUUUAAAUGAAACUGAAAAAGUGGUGACCAAAGACGAUAGUUCAUCUUGUCAUAAUGCUGUUUCUCUUAACAAGAAAUCGAUUGACUUGAAUAGAAAUGAUGUCAAACGCGACGCGGAAGUGUCUUCAAUUGUUGAGAAAAAUCCAAGUCAAGAUGUCUUACAAAUGGACGGAAAAUAUCGUGGUGAUUUGAUAACUUUUCAAAAUGAAAAUGUUUGCAAGAAUUUAGUAAAAGUUCUGGGAUGAAUCAAAUAAGUUUAUGUAAGGAUAACGCUGUCCAAAAGUACAAUGAA